AUGAAGCGCAAGAGGCCCGACCGCCCCUCGGGUGACGGGCCCCGGCCCUCGCCGCACCGCCCAGCAGACACGCCACUGGCACAGCACGACAGAGACGACGGCGGAGGCAGAGGCGGCCGUGGCCGUGGCCAUCGCGGUGGCUACCAACGCCGCGACUCAAACCCUGGCCAUGGCCGGGGCGGCUUCAACCACCACUUCAACCAGCAGAAUUCGCAGAACCAGCAGCACUAUCACAGCCAGAGGCAGCCAACUCCCACCUCGGCGCACAGCGCCAGCUUCCCCUCGCCCGCCCAGGCCUCUCCGACGCCGGCGGCGAGGCAGCUCAAACCGCCAAGCUCGCCCGCAAUGAUCAAGCAGCCUGCUCCACCCCCGCAAGCCUCCUCGGAACGACCCAAAUACCAUUACGAUAAUCUCACCGAUGACAGAGUCCGCGCUUGGGCCGAGCGAGGCCGCCAUGAGAUUGUGCAGCAUGGCAUUCAGUCACGCGAGGACGUUGACAUCACCGAGCUCUCGAGCCUCUUUCAGGAGUUCAUCCACGCCGUCAUUGACGCUCGCCUGGACCCGGCCGACGCCGGCGCCUGCGUCAAAGAGAUCUUGGGCCGAGAAACAUGCGAUGUGAUUAAGGAUUCGUAUGCAUUUGCGCCUCAUACUCUCUUCCUCGACACCCUGGCCAUUGUCACCGACAUCGAUGCCGACUUGUAUCGGCCGACUAUUCGCGAUUUCCUCGUCGCCACCGACGUUUCCCCUGCCCUCAUGCGCGAAGUGCUGGACGCACCGCUGCUGCACCAGCUGGGCCUGAUCAGGGACACCUUUGCCAGACUCGGCGUCAGGCAGGCCACCAACCUCUUGUACCGGCAGGCGAACUACAACCUGCUGCGCGAAGAAUCCGAGGGCUACUCCAAGCUCAUCACGGAGAUUUUCAGCACCAACACCAUCCCCCCUCCGCCGCCCGGCAAGACGUUUGAAAAGGUCAAGGCCUUGAUUGGUACCUUCGACCUCGACGUGGGCCGAGUCUUGGAUGUUACUCUCGACGUGGCCGCGACCGUCUUGAUCAAGCAAGUCAAGUUUUUCGUCAAAUUUCUGAGAAUCAGCUCCUGGUGGCCUUCGUCCCAUUACAACGAUGGCUCCCCUUUCGUCGGAGGUCUGCCCACCUGGGCGGACCCGAGCUACCCGCACUGGAGCACCACAGAAGAGGACGAGGCCGACGGCGCACGCCGUAAGCUGCAGCGGGACAUUGCCUUCUGGGACCGCGCCCGCGAAGUGCAUCUCGCCGCCUUCUUCGAGCUCGGCGGCAGGCGGGUCACCGAGCGCCACCUUCAGCAGAAGCAAAUCGCCAACGGUCACGACGGUGGAGAGGCCGUCGCCGACGCCGAGCAGCAGUGGAUGCAAGAGACCAAUACCCUGCCCGCGUCCGGAAACCGAGUUGCUGCACAGCUUUUGGGCUUCAAACUCCGGUUCUACAACUCGGAAAUGAGAGACAAGGCAGAUGUGCUUCCCGCCAACCUGCUCUAUCUUGCAUCACUUCUCAUCAAGAUUGGCUUCAUCUCAUUGGCCGACCUCUACCCGCACCUCUCUCCCGAGGACAGCGGCAUGGACCGCGUACGCCAACAGGAGGCGGAGAAGCUCGAAAAGCAGGAGCGAGAGGCGAGAGGCGGCCAGAUGAACGCCCUCCUCAUGGCCGGCGUGCUUCCCCAGGGUGACGACGACAAUCCAGCGACAUCCACUGGCAUCAGAAAAGAAAUGCCCAAGAGGGCUGAACAGGAGCAGAAGAAGGCAGCGGCCGCCGAGGAAGCCGCCAAAAAGGAUAAGCUCCCGGAGCCGAUGGAGCAAAAGGUAGCCCUUCUCAUCCAGCUCCUGACCAUCGGCGCGAUCCCCGAGUCGCUUUUCGUGCUGGGCCGGUUCCCCUGGAUUCCAGAGGUGUUUCCCGAUGUCCUGCAACGCAUCCAUCGCAUCCUUCACGUGUGCCUGGACAAGGUGUACAAGGACAGUCGGCCCUUCCCGGCGCCCGAGGUGGAUUUUCCGACCAAGAGCCUGCCCGACGUUGACCAGGCGGGCGUGCCCAAGGGCAGCGUGCGCACAAACAAACUGCCUCCGAGGAAGACCUGGCGCUGGCCCUACCCUGACGCGUGCGACACCAACGAGACGCAGAAUUAUCGCUUCUACCUCGACGAGUGGGAUGACAACGUGCCCGUUUGCCAGACGGUCGAGGACGUCUUUACGCUUUGCAACACCCUCUUGAACAUCUCUGGCGUCAACAUCGGAAAGGACGAGACUCUGCUCACCAAGCUUGCCAGCAUCGGCUCCAAGAGUCUGGCUGCGGACACGUCCGAGGCCAAUCGCGCCCGUUGGCAGGAUCUUCUGCGGCGCCUCUUGCUGCCUGCGCUGAGCCACACCAAGGCAAACGCCUCGGUCGUGAACGCCAUCUGGGAGCUUGCCAGGCAAUACCCGCUCAUCACUCGCUACUCCAUGUAUGCCGAGUGGUUCGAGGGCCAGACCUCUCGGCUGCCAGCCAUGAAGGCCGCCUUUGCGCGCGCGACGUCCGAGACCAGGGCCACCAUGAAGCGAGUUUCCCUCACCAACUUGAGCGAAAUGGCCAAGCGGCUCGCAAAGACCAGCUACGCUUCUCCCGGAAUCGUCUUCAAGGUCGCCUUUGAGCAGCUCGAGGUCUACUCCAACCUGAUUGAGGCCUUUGUCGAAUGCGCCAAAUACUUCACCGACCUCUCCUACGACGUGCUGGUGUGGUCACUGCUCAGCUCUCUCGGCAAGUCUCGCAGCCGCACGCAGGAAAAUCACGCCCUCACCACCAGCAAGUGGCUGCAGGCCUUGUCCCGAUUCUCGGGCAGAGUUUUCCGCCGAUAUCCAGUCCUGAACCCGGUUCCGGUCCUCCAAUACGUCGACGAGCAGCUUUACCACGGCAACGCCACCGACCUCAUCAUCCUCAAGGAGUUUGUCUCGUCCAUGGGCGGCAUUGUGGACGCCGUCGACUUCACCGACUACCAAGUCCUGUCCAUGGCCGGCGGCGCCUGGCUCCGGCGGCACACCCUGAUCCGGGCGCAGGACAAACGCUUUGAAAACUCAAAGAGCUCAUACCGCCUCAUCCAAGCCCUCUCCGAUUCGAAGCUGGCCGCGCGGCUGCUCAUCAACCUCGCGCAGUUCCGGCAAACCGCCGUUUACAAGGUUCCUGAGGACGAGGCUCACAUCAAAUACCUGUCGUCGACUAUUGACGACUCCCACCAAACGCUCGUCCAGUAUCUCGAUUUCCUCUGGAGUAACCUCGACCCAGUCGACUUUGACACCAUCGUCCCGUCCAUUCCAGUGCUCAUCAGCUUGUUUGGAUUGCAGACGGAGCUCGCAUUCUUGAUUGGCAGGAGCAGCCUGGCACAUCGCAUGUUUCCCUGGAAGGAGAGCAAGGGCAAAAGAGAUGCGGCGCAAGCUCGCCGAUUAGGGACCGACAAGGAGGGUGACGUCAAGAUGUCGGAUGCAAAGCCUCAAGGCGCAGAGACGGCCGAGGCGGCGCCUCAAGACGGCGCCGAUACCGAAACUCAACAGAAACCCGACGAUGCUUCGCUGUCGCGAACCGCGCUCACAGCCCUGCAGCCCAUUAUUGAGUCGGUCAAGGCCACUGUUCCCCCGGCAGUGUGGCGCAAGAUGACGCCAGAGCUGUACACGACGUUCUGGGCUCUGCAGUUGGGAGACCUCUGCUUCCCGGAAGAAGUUUACGUCAAGGAGCGCCAGAAAAUCAUGACCGAGUGGCAGACGCUCGCCAACGAUCGUUCCGACAUGUCGCGCAGAGCUGUGGAUCGCAAGAUGGAAAAGAGAAAGGAGCUCAUGGACUUGCAAGGGUACUUGCUGGACGAGCUCAGCGAACACGGUCUGCGCAAGGCCAAGUGGAAGUUUUACUUGACCAAGAUGUUCCAAACCUCGUUCCCCGAUACCGCGCCCAACGCAGACAGCGUUUCCGACGUUCUCCUCGAGCAGUGCUUCUUGCCUCGGCUCCUGCUCUCGCCGGCCGAUGCAGAGUACACGUUCAGGUUCAUCAAGGCCCUUCACGACUCGAACGCGCCAGUCUUCAAGUUGAUGUCCCUCUAUGACCGACUGUUCAACGCCAACCGAUUGCGAGCCAUCAUUUUCACCUGCACCGUCCGCGAGACGGAGUACCUGGGCCGAUUCCUGAAGCUCAUCCUGGAGGACUUGGCGCGAUGGCACAAGAAUGAGCCGGCACCUACCGACAAAGACGGCAAAGCCUCCAAGGAUCCUAUGCGCCCAGGCGCCUAUGACAGGGAAGGCAAAGGCACCGCGGACCAGCCUCGCCUGGGCUUCGCUCUCACCGUCAACGCGCAGGGGAAGCCAGAGACUUUCGUCGAGCAUCCGCAAUUCCGAGAUUUGUUGUUUCGCUGGCACAAGAACCUUAACAUGGCCCUCAAGGCUUGCCUGAGUGGCUCUGAGUGGAUGCACAUUCGCAACGCCAUCACUGUGCUCAAAGCCGUAUUGGAUUACUUCCCUGCCGUGGACUUUAUGGCUACGCAGUUCACGGCGCAGCUGCAGAAGAUUUCGAAACGCGAGGCGGUCGCCAAGGCAGGUCCGGAAAGCGAGGAAGGUGGACGUGUCGACUUGUCCGUUGCGGCGCAGGGCGCCAUGUCGGAACUGCAGAAGAGGAAACCCAAAUGGGUCAUGGUUCAAGCUUUCAGAUCCAACGCCGCGAGUGGGCCACGGUCCGAGGGCGACAAGUCCUCCAGCUCCAAUCUGCGUGCCACUGCCGUGGAUUUUAAACCGCAGGCUAUCAAGCCAACAACUGCCAAGGCUUCUGCCAAGGCUCCUACCACGGAGAAGGAAGACGGCGAGGUACAGGACGCCGCGGACGUCAAAAGUCAAUCGAACAUAGAAAUGCCAAAGGAGCCCCAGCCAUCCAGGCUACCUAACCCAACCAGGGAGGCAUCCGCCAGGCAGGAUGAGGGGGCGGGACCCUCUCGGCCGUCGACGCCGAGAGCGGGCUCGACCCAGACGAACCCUGAAUCUCGCUCCCACAAAUUACCAGACCGCCCCACAGCGCACACCCUGCCAACCCGACCAGACGUGCCGAUCCCAGGGCAUGUUCCCCCGGAGCGCUACGCCCAGUCCAGAGGCGCCGAACGCAGGGACGGCCGCGAACCUCGUGCUACACGGGACGCUCGUGGUGAUCCUCGCGAGGCAUGGGAUGGCAGAGAGACCAGAGAGAGCAAGGAACACCGCGAGACUCGCGAUACUAGGCCUCAUGAACCAGAGCGCGCAGGACGUCACAACGCACACCCGGAUUAUCGAGCAGGCGACGCCAAUGGAGAGUCCCGUGUCGAUUUGCCGCCCCGACCAGGCCAGCACGAAAGGGAUAGGCAGUACCGAGACUCGCGGAUCAGCGGUAUGCAAAAUCGCCACAACGAGACACCGAACCAUCCGUCUGGUCCGCCACCUGUCACAAACGGCCAAGAUCGACCCGCGCGCGGCCCGGAUCCAGAUCGCCAACCUCGAGCCCAUCGGCCAAUGGCGGUGGACCCCAUGGAUGUUGUGAAUGCUGAACGCGGCGUCCUGAUUGAGGACCGCAACGACGGCGCUCCGUUCUCGCAAAACCGACCUCGUAGGGACGAUGGCCACGAACGAGCACCCAGAACGCAGUCCCCACGCUUUGAGGAUCGACAUGGCCGCCCCUAUCCCCAGGACCAGCGAGCGCUCGGCAGAGACCCGCGCGACAGGUCCCCCAUGACAGGGCACAGCUACCGUGGCGAUCGGCCGAUGGAUCGCGAGGCCGAGAGAGGCCUGGAUAAGAUGCGCGACCCGUCGGCGGGCUUUCACCGGCCUGGACUUCGCGGCCCGGAGCCCGAGCAUCGAAUGCCACACCAGGACCAGAACUACGGACGACUGAAUCCUGUCCCGUCGAGUUCUGACGUCCCAUCUGGCCCUCGCGGCCGAGGCAGAAGCGCCACCCGAGGUGGAUACGGGGUACACUCUACGACACCUGGCAGGCCAGAUGGCCGCUUCGGGGCUCCAGAGACUCCACGAGCGUCGUCUCCGGAUCGGCUCCCGCCCACGGGGCCCGCGUCCGGGAGAGGCCGGCCAGACAUGCAGGCAUCUAUUUCGUCGACGGCGACUCCGCCGUCGGUGGUGCACCCCGAUCGGCUGGCCCAGAUGGGCUCGGGGCUCCCCCCGCCUCCGUCCGGACCACCUCAAGGGCACGGCCGACAGGCGGGCGGCGGCGAUAGACACGUGUUGAAUGCACGACAGCCACACUCGGCUGUCAUGGGGCCUCCGCUACCGACGGAAGCAGGGGUGCCAACAGGGCCCGCGUCGUCGAACGAGAGAACCAGGAGCGGUGGAGGCCGACGACAGCUCGCCGGCAUCAACAACAUGCUCCAGCAAUCUCAGUCGAUGCCAGACUUGAACCGUGGCAAUGGUCCAAGAGGGGGCCAGCCACGGCAGCUGCUCGGGGAUUCUGAUGCUCAGGUCCUGACUGGCGGCUCGCCGGCCUCGGCCUCUGGACACGAGCGUCAAGACAUGAUGUGGCAGGACAGCGCCAGUUGGGGGGCUGCAAACGGAGGGGAUGGUCCGCCAAGCAGCCGCGAGCGAGAGCGCAGCCCGCGAGCCGGUCGCGAGGAAGCGAAAGAGCACGCCGAGUAUCGCGACAGAAGGUCAAUGGCGGCGGUCGAGACCUGA